CCCUUUUGAGUGGGCGGAUGUGACGUAAUCGAGUUGGGCGGAUGUGACGUCAUCGAGUGCUGCGUCAUUACGUCCCCCAAUUGGCGCACAAAAUUCAAACACCGAAACAGGAAGAAUAUACAAAACUAAGAUGAGUGCAGCAUCCUCGCCGAUCUCCCGUGUACGCCAAGGAUGGAUGUCCUCCACCUCAUCUAUCAAAAACAAGGGUGCAUCACCAGCUGCCUGUAGCACACCGCUGCUUGCGGCCUUCCCUGGCAAUGAUGACGAGAAAGAGCGACGUCAGCGCAGACGAUCUCGAGUCAUUGACCUUCAAGCUGCUGCAGACUCCUCUUUCUGUGACUCUGUCACUCACAGUGCGGCAGGGACACCGGCUGCUGUGCCCAAGUUGUCCAAUGCACAGAUCUCAGAACAUUACUCCACUUGCAUCAAACUCUCCACUGAGAAUAAAAUUACCACAAAAAACGCCUUUGGUCUGCAUCUUAUUGACUACAUGGCCGAUAUUCUCAAACAGAAAGAUUCAGAGCUCACAAACUUCAAGGUAGCAGCUGGGACCUUGGAUGCAAGUACUAAGAUCUAUGCUGUCCGAGUGGAUGCAGUUCAUGCAGAUGCCUACAGAGUACUUGGUGGCCUUGGGGCUGAAACCAAACCAGGAGAAGAUCAUGCCAUAAAGGAGGAAGAGCAAAAUGAAGAUACUGAGGUGACGGCCAAACAGCCAAAGAGGAAGAGGCCUCCAAAGAAGACUGUGGAGCAGAAUUUGAGCAACAUUAACAGCGCUGAGUCUGAGAGGAAAUGUGAGGUGGACCCCAUGUUUCAUCGAAUGGCGUCAUCCUUUGAUGAGAGUAGCACAACUGGGGUAUUCCUUUCUGUUCUGUUCAGUGAGAACAGUCGCUGUGAGCUGCUCUUCCCAUCCCACAUGACCCUUCUGCAGUCCACUGCUUCAUACUCGCCUCCACCUCCAAUGGCAGUUCCUGCAUCCCCAUUCAUGGCUGGACUGCAGCGUUCUCAAGAGAAGAGCUCCAUUUGCCCCUCUCUGCAGGACUUUUCCUUCACGAGCUGGAACCCAGAGCAGACAAUGAGCCAACAUUUGGAGAAGAUGAAGCAAGGUGAACACGUGUUUGAUGUCAAUGCUGAACCUGAACUCGAAGUUGAAGAGGAUUAUCCCGAAUUUGAUGCCGACUAUGAGGACGGUGACAGUGAGGAGGGGGUGAAGGAACAUAAAGAGGGCUGUGUGGCCUCUGGUUCUGGAAAAGGACGUGAUGUGAUUCCAAUUGGAGAGGCAGAUAUCGCCACUAUGUGCCUGCAGCUGUCCUCUCAGCCCAGAGAGUAUUCAUACUUCAGCCCCAGAACAAUGGCCACGUGGGCAGGACCGGGCUACUGGCAGUUCAAGCCAAAGCACAAAUUGGACCAUUUGCCCGACAAGGAGACGCGUAAAAAGAAGCCAAAAAAGUCUUUUGAAAUGGAUUUCAAUGCGGAUGUCAACUUUGACCCCUACUUCCGUACCACAAAAGCAGCCACCACCAUUAGCAAGUCAGCCCUCAGCUCCAGCAACAAGAAAACAACCCUAGCAGCGGAAUUCCAGUUUCCUCCAGAGACACUGUCUCAGCUAAGCCUGAAACCUUCUGCGUCGUUAUGUCAAGAGGCGCAAAGACGACUCUCUGGGGAGCUUGGAGAAGGCAUCGGCGAUUAUGACUACAACAAUCCCAACGAUACGGCAAACUUUUGUCCAGGUCUUCAGACUGGUGACAGUGAUGACGACGUGGAAGGCUUUCCGGACUCUGACGAUACACAACCAUCAGGGGAGAGUUUUCCACCACCCUCACAAGACGGCGUCUCUACCUAUGGCGAGGAUGAUCUUGUACCAGAGCCACACAAGGUCAACAAGAUAGAUAUCAACUACUGUAAAACAGCCAAGAAAAUGGAUAUGAAAAGACUGAAGAGCAGCAUGUGGACUCUUCUCACUGAAAGCCCAGAAAAAUCUGACAAGGAGGUGGAAACAGUAAAAGUUUGUGGCGACAAAGUCUUCAGUCAAACCACAAAGACGCUGCUUCAAAGACUGCCCAACACCAUGGCUCAAAACCUGUCCAUCCCUUUGGCCUUUGUUGCACUCCUUCAUCUGGCUAAUGAAAAGAAUUUGCAGCUGGUGGAGGUCGACGACAUGUCGGACAUCAUCAUCAGGCAAAGCCACUGAGGACAAAAAGGAUUUGAAGGAAUGUUCAUUGUUAUUUACACCAUAUUUUGUACACUAUUUUCAUUUCAGUCAUCAUUUGUCUCCGCAGCCUGCCAUUGUUUAGAUGCUUUAAUUAUUUCUGUACUUUUCCUUACAUACUGUACUUACAUACAUUAAAGGGGAUGUGUUAUGAUCUUCCUCUUUUGUGACUUGUACAUCUUGUUACAAUGUUGGAAAUCAUAAGGUUUGUGCAUAGAGCUUGCAUGCCGUUUUGACAGUGGCCCAUUUGUGACAUCACAGUGUGGUGGACGUACAUAUGUGGCCAUUUAUUGUACACGCUGUCAGCCAGCCUUCCCUCUGCUUUAGGCUGCGCCACCGUUACCUCCCAUGUUAUUCCUUCUCGUUUCAUGCCCCACCGUUACCUCCCAUGUUAUU